UGAGGUUGGGGCAGAGAGAGAGGUCAAGCAGGGAAGACCCACACCAGCGCAGGGUAAGGCAGAAGGCUGAUUUCAGAGUCGUGGAGACAACAGCAGUAAAAAUUAGGGGCUUGGGAACCAGAAGAGAGCACAGGAGUUGCCCAUUCUACACGGAGAGUUGUCUGAGAAGAUGGCGUCACCUUCAGCAAAUGCGGUCUCCCUGUCAGAGGGUGAGGAGCUACAUCCCUCGGGAGGCCCUGGAUGCUCUGGGCAACACCCAGGAAGACUGGGGUCAACAGAGUGUGCCCAGCCCGGGGUUGUGGAGAAAGCGCGGCCUCGGUGGGGCAACCCCCUGCAGUUUUUACUCGCCUGCGUCUCCUACGCCGUGGGCCUGGGCAAUGUGUGGCGUUUCCCCUACCUGUGCCAGAUGUACGGCGGAGGGAGUUUCCUGGUGCCCUACAUCAUCAUGCUCAUCGUGGAGGGGAUGCCACUCCUGUACCUGGAGCUGGCCGUGGGGCAGCGCAUGCGGCAGGGCAGUAUCGGGGCCUGGAGGACCAUCAGCCCCUACCUCAGUGGUGUCGGCAUUGCUAGCUUGGUGGUCUCCUUCUUUGUCUCUGUGUACUACAAUGUCAUCAACUCCUGGGCCAUCUGGUACCUCUUCCACUCCUUCCAGGAACCCCUGCCAUGGUCUGUCUGUCCACUGAAUGGUAACCGCACAGGCUAUGAUGAGGAGUGUGAGAAGGCUUCAUCGACACAGUACUUCUGGUACAGGAAAACACUCAACAUCUCACCGUCCAUCCAGGAGAAUGGAGGGGUUCAGUGGGAGCCAGCGCUGUGCCUUACCCUGGCCUGGCUGAUUGUGUAUCUGUGCAUCCUGAGAGGCACUGAGUCAACUGGCAAGGUGGUCUAUUUCACUGCAUCAAUGCCCUACUUUGUACUCAUCAUUUACCUGGUUCGAGGCCUCACACUCCAUGGAGCCACCAAUGGCCUGGCAUAUAUGUUUACACCCAAGAUGGAGCAGCUAGCUAACCCCAAGGCCUGGAUCAAUGCAGCCACACAGAUCUUCUUCUCACUGGGCUUAGGGUGUGGUGGUCUGAUUGCUUUUGCCAGCUACAAUGAACCCUCCAACAACUGCCAGAAGCAUGCCAUCAUUGUAUCCAUCAUCAAUAGUACUACUGCCAUAUUUGCCAGCAUUGUGACCUUCUCCAUCUAUGGCUUCAAGGCUACCUUCAACUAUGAAAACUGCUUAAGCAAGGUGAUCCUGCUGCUGACCAAUUCUUUCGACCUUGAAGAUGGCUUUCUGACAGCCAACAACCUAGAGGAAGUGAAGGGCUACCUGGCCUCUACCUACCCAAACAAGUUCAGUGAAGUGUUCCCGAGCAUUAGAAACUGCAGCCUGGAAUCCGAGCUAAACACGGCCGUCCAGGGCACAGGCCUGGCCUUCAUCGUCUACACUGAGGCCAUCAAAAACAUGGAGGUGUCGCAGCUGUGGUCAGUGCUCUACUUCUUCAUGCUGCUCAUGCUGGGGAUGGGAAGCAUGGUAGGGACAGGAACAGCGAUCCUCACCCCUCUGACUGACAGCAAGCUCAUCUCCAGUUACCUGCCCAAGGAGGCCAUUUCAGGUCUGGUGUGCCUCGUCAACUGUGCCAUCGGCAUGCUGUUCACCAUGGAGGCUGGGAACUACUGGUUUGACAUAUUCAAUGACUAUGCAGCCACACUGUCCCUGCUGCUCAUUGUGCUGGUGGAGACCAUAGCUGUGUGCUAUGUGUAUGGGCUCAAGAGAUUUGAAGGUGACCUUCAGGCCAUGACUGGCCACACCCUCAACUGGUACUGGAAGGCCAUGUGGGCGUUUGUGAGCCCACUGCUCAUCAUUAGCCUCUUUGUCUUCUACCUGAGUGACUAUAUCCUCAUGGGAACGCUGCAGUACCAAGCCUGGGAUGCUACUCAGGGCCAUAUGGUGACUAAGGACUACUCCACACAGGCACUCGCUGUCAUUGGGCUCCUGGUAGCCUCCUCUACCAUGUGCAUCCCUCUGGUAGCCCUGGGGACUUUUGUCACACGCCACUUCAAGAGCAGAGAGAAGUUUCCUGUGGCCUGAGAACUAUCAUCACUUGCUGUUUCACAGCUAGUUUCUGUAUGUUAACAAUGGAAGUUCUGCAGCUGCUUCUUAAAGCCAGUAUUUUCUGCUUCCUGAAUCUGCAAAGAAAAUUUAAUUCUCUAUAUCAGAGACUGACAGAAACCUAACUCUGACCAUAAAUACUUUAGGAUUUUUACUUUUUUGUUUUUUGAGAUAAGGUCUAUGUAACACUGGUUGUUCUGAAACUCACUCUGUAGACCAGACUGGCCUCACCUCACAGAUCCACCUGCUCCCCAACUGCUGGGAUUGAAGGCACCUGCUAGCAGCUUUUACUCUUUAUCUUCCAUUAUACUUUUGUUGCAAAAAUGUGUACCCUUUUGUAUUAUAUAUUCAGCUCAUAGUAGAUAAAAUUUUUGACCCUUAGCUUUCAUUCUUUACAUACCAUUACAAUAAUGUUAAUGUUGGAUUACAAAUUUACCUGUAACACUGCUUUCUUGUUGAGGUGAAGUCUUGGUAUAUGUGGACCCCAGGUUGGUCUGGAACUAUGUAUCCUAGGUUAGGCUAGAAUCUAUGACCCUCCUGCCACAGCCUCCCCAUACUGGCACAAUAGGUCAUGUGCCGCCAGGCAUACACUUUUUUAUAACAAUAAUCAUCCUUUUGUUUUUAACUCAUUCCUUUGCAGAGUGGGUGGGCGAGAAGGGAGUAGCCAUUGCAAACAUAUAGCCCUUUUACUUCACUCCCUCUAGUGGCUUGGAUUACAAACAUGGACCACCAUACCUUAACUUUCAGUAUUUUUUUGUUUGAUUUUAGUUCUUUUUGUUUUCCCAAAACAGGGUUUCCCUAUGUAGCCUUGCCUGUCCUGGACUCACUUUAUAGACCAGGCUGGCCUUGAACUCAGAAAGAUCCACUCACCUCUGCCUCCCUGAGUGCUGGGAUUACAGGUGUGUGCCACCGUGCCUGGCUAACUUUCAGUAUUUCUUAAAGGCUGUUUUAAUGAUGACCAAUUUCCUGUUUUUUCUUGUCUGGGAAAGUGUUUUGUUUCAUCACCGAAGUGUAACUUUACUGGUGGUAUUCUUGACUGGCAGGUUUCUUUCUUUUAGUAGUUUUAAUGUACUGAUAAAUUUUUUAUAGUCUAAUGGAUAUUCUCUUAUAUGUGACUUGACUCUUGCUUCUUUGUGGCAGAGAAGGGGGAAAUAAUGAGCAGAAUCAACUAUCCUCAAAAUUGAGCUUUAAAGCUAGUAUCCACUGAAGGAAAGAAGUCUGAAGAUGACUCCUGAGGCUGGCACAAGAAGGAAGAUACUUUGUGAGGUAUUUAUAGAUCAAAUGAUACAAAACAGAAGUAAAAGAUGAAAAUCUAGAGUGUUGUAUGCAACACAAUGAAAAUGUAUUGAGAUUUUUUUUUUACUAAAUCUGAUUUUACUGUUACUAAAAACUGUGAGACAGUACAUUUGUGUGCUCUAGUCUACUACACAUUAACUGCAUACCCCAACUAUGUUGUGAACCUCAAGUACAGUAUAUUUUAUUGAAAACUAGGUGUGAGGAAGAUGAAACCCUUGGAAACAUAUACAUCUCUCACCAGGACUUUCCUUCCUGUGCCAGCCCUGAGGGUCAUCUGAAACUUUCUUUCCAUCAAUGGACACUGGCUUUCAAGCUCAGUUUUGAAGAUAAUAAUUGAUUCUGUAAGUCUUAGAAGACUGGCACUUUGUAGCCUUCAAUUUCACUGUACUUCUUAGGAGACCAAGUCUGUGCAAUCUGCUGCUUGCCAACAGGAUACCCACAUGUUACAGGGUGACUGCUUUUGGAUCAGUUUAAGUUUUUAGUAUAUGAGGUGAUAUAUGAAAAUGUCAGGAGGAAAUUAAACUUUGUUCCUUGUCAUACCUGGGAUUCGUCACGCACAUGCAGUGAUGGAUGUGCACAAGUUCAACUUGUGACCGAGAACUGAACAGAUUACAGCUGCAAGGCCAAAGUACUCAUACUACCCUAGCCUUGCCCAGAAUGAAUUCCACAGAAAAAUCUGUGAUGUUUGAUGACUUGAGAUUAAAAUGCUUGGAUAUACCCGC